AUGGCGGAUAAGCACUUCGAGCCUGUUCCGCGCGACGCGAAAGUGGUCGCGAGUAUUUUAAAGUCGAUGGGUGUGGAAGAUUACGAGCCACGUGUCGUCCAUCAGCUCUUGGAGUUCGCCUAUCGCUACAUGACGGACGUGCUGGGCGAGGCCCGUGUGUACGCGGAGCAUGCAGGGCAUGCGGCCCUGGAGGUGGACGAUGUGCGCCUGGCCGUGCAGGCCAAGGUCUCUACUUCCUUCUCCCAGCCUCCACCCAGAGAGGUGCUCAUGGAGUUGGCCCGAGCACGCAACGCCGUGCCAAUCCCACCCAUUGCCGGGUCGGGCCUCUUUGCGCUGCCACCCGAGGCCGAGUGCCUGCUACAGCCCAACGUGCAAAUCGCUGUCCCUCUGCCCGGCCCUGCUGCCCGUGGAUCGCACAAGAGGCAGCGAGAGGGAGACACAGGAGGAAAAGCAGGAGGGCGGGGAGGAGGGGGGAAGGGAGGGGAUGCUGCGGCAAGAGUAAAGAAGGAGCAAGGGGGAGCGGAGUCGCUACAAGAUGGUAAAGCUGGUGUAGGGGGGGCUAAGGUUUCAUUCUCCCUGGAUGCUAGAAAACGAUGA